CAACUAAUCACAUCCAGGCACAUGUAAAACAGAAGAGAUGGAUAAAGAGAACCACUCGGCAGUGACUGAGUUCAUCUUUAUGGGCAUCACUCAAGACCCUCAGCUGCAGAUCAUCUUCUUUGUGGUCUUCCUAGUAGUCUACAUGGUCACUGUAGUGGGGAAUGUUGGUAUGAUUAUCCUUAUCAUAAUAGAGGUGCAGCUUCACAUACCCAUGUAUUUUUUCCUCUGCAAUCUGUCCUUUGUUGAUCUAGGCUACUCCUCAGCCAUCGCCCCCAGGAUGCUGGCUGACUUCCUAACUAAGUGCAAAGUUAUCUCCUUCUCCAGCUGUGCCACCCAGUUUGCUUUCUUUGUAGGUUUUGUGGAUGCUGAGUGCUAUGUCCUGGCUGCCAUGGCCUAUGACCGUUUUGUGGCCAUAUGUCGACCCCUCCACUAUAGUACACUUAUGUCCAAGAAGGUCUGUUUAGCUCUCAUGCUGGGCUCUUACCUAGCUGGUCUGGUGAGUUUGGUUGCCCACACUGCUCUCACCUUCAGCCUGAGUUACUGUGGUUCCAAUAUCAUCAAUCACUUCUUCUGUGAAAUCCCACCGCUUCUGGCCCUCUCUUGCUCAGACACCUAAAUCAGUGAGAUCUUGCUCUUUAGUCUGUGUGGCUUCAUUGAAUUCAGCACCAUCCUCAUCAUCUUCUUCUCCUAUGCCUUCAUCUUCAUAGCUAUCAUCAGAAUGCGCUCAGCUGAAGGUCGCCUUAAGGCUUUCUCCACCUGUGGGUCACACCUCACGGGUGUCACACUGUUCUAUGGCACAGUCAUGUUUAUGUACCUGAGACCAACAUCCAGUUACUCCCUGGACCAGGACAAGUGGGCCUCUGUGUUCUACACAAUUAUCAUCCCCAUGUUGAAUCCUUUCGUCUACAGUCUGAGAAACAAGGAUGUGAAAGCUGCUUUCAAAAAACUAGUUGGGAAAAAACCUCAAUAA